AUGCCGUAUACACUCCAAGGAAGAAACGUCCUCAUCACAGGCGGAUCGAGAGGACUCGGAGCAGAAAUAGCUCGCAAAUUCGCCGCAGAAGGCAGCAAUAUCGCCAUCAACUACCACAGUAAAGAAGCUCCGGCGAAAGAACUUUCCCGCGAACUCGAAUCCCAAUACCACAUCAAAACAACAGUUCUCCAAGGCGACGCAGGCAACGUCUCGGACAUUGAACGCUGCGUCCGCGAAACCGUGGAAUCACUCGGUGGUCUCGACAUUAUCAUCGGCAACGCAGGAUGGACUCGAUUCUCCCAAUUCGACAAUCUGGACGAUUUGAGUUAUGACGAAUGGGACAAAUGCUGGAAUACCAACGUCAAAGGCAAUCACGCUCUUCUCAAAACAGCCAUGCCCAUCUUUCAGGCGAAUCCCGAUGGGGGUGUAUUCAUCAUGACGUCGAGUGUGGCAGGAAAAUCGUUAUCCGGGAGCAGCAUGGCGUAUAGUGUGACGAAAGCGGCGCAGAUUCAUUUAAUGAAGUGUUUGGCGAAUACGCAAGGUCCGAAGAGUGGAGGGAAAGUGCGGGUGAAUGCGAUUUUGCCCGGGUUGUUGUUGACGGAUUGGGGGAAUUUGUAUGGGGAGGAGAGGAUUGCAGGGUUGAAGAAUAUGGCGGCGUUGAAGCGGGAGACGAAGUUGGAUGAUUGUGCGCAGACGUUUGUGGAUGUGGCGAAGAAUACGAGUUGGACUGGACAGGCGAUUCAUAUUGAUUCGGGAUUGAAUGUCGGGCAUAUGUGA